AUGACUCUUACUACUACUACCAAGUCUUCUAUCAAAGCUACUUCUGGUUUGGCCAUCAACGAAGGCCGCUUGUUGGCUGCAAUUCAUGAGACUGCCAAGUUCGGUGCAAAGGGCAGAUGGGGCACCCAGGAAACAGAAACCGGUGUUUGCAGACUCGCUUUAUCUGAUUUGGAUAAAAAGGUAAGGGACUGGUUUGUUGAAGAAACAUCAAAACUCGGCUGCAAGAUCGUUAUCGACAAGUUGGGCAACAUCUUCGCCAUAUACCCAGGAAAGAAGGAUGGCUUACCUACAGCCAUUGGCUCUCACUUGGAUACUCAGCCUACUGGAGGCCGUUACGAUGGUGUUUUGGGAGUUUUGACUGGCCUCGAGGUUUUGCGUACGUUCAAGGAGAACAACUUUGUGCCUAACUACCCAGUAUGUGUGGUGAACUGGACCAACGAGGAAGGUGCCAGAUUCCCUGUAAGCAUGAUGUCUUCUUCUGUAUGGGCUGGAACCCAUACUUUGGAGAAUAUCUAUAAUUUGAAGAGUGUCACGGAUGCUGAGCCUGUGACGGUGAAACAGGAGUUGGAGAGGAUCCAGUAUAUGGGAGAUGUGGACUGUUCAUUCGAGGCCAACCCAUUGGCUGCUCAUUUUGAGCUCCACAUUGAGCAGGGUCCUAUUUUGGAGGAGACCAAUAAGAAAAUUGGCCUUGUUCAGGGUAUUCAGGCCCUUAGGUGGUUUGAGGUUAAGGUUAAAGGAAAAGCUCAACACACGGGAACUACACCUUUGAGAAGCAGAUCGGAUGCUCUUCUUGCCGCUUCCAAGAUGGUCGUGAGAGGUAACGAAAUUGCUCACAAGCAUGAUGGGCUUUGCAGUGUUGGAAUCAUGGAGUUGGUUCCAGCAGUCGUGAAUGUGAUUCCAGAAGACGUCAGAUACAUUGUCGAUAUGAGAAACCCAGACGAUACAAAACUCAACAAGAUGUUUGACGAGUUCCAGGCUGCCGUCAAGGAAAUUACUAAGGAAAGUGGUGUCAAGUUAUCGUUUGAAUUGAAGGAGCUUCUUCACCAAAAAGCUGUCCACUUUGACGAGACAUGCAAGAAAUGCAUCAAGGACUCUGCCACUGAACUCUACGGUGCUGACCAGACUCUCCCCAUUGUCAGUGGCGCUGGCCACGACAGUGGACUCACGGCACUCAAGUGUCCUACAGCAAUGAUUUUCAUUCCAUCCAGAGACGGUGUAUCCCACAAUCCCGAGGAGUAUAGCACUCCAGAACAGGUACACGAGGGAUUAGAGGUGAUGUUGAAUGCUGUGUUGAAGUACGAUGCCCAGAGAACUAAAUAG